AUGCCGAAUGCUAUAAAAUUUGAAAAUAAGUUAAUUACCAAUUCAAAUGAAAUCGCAGCCGAAUUCAAUAACUUUUUUUCGUCAAUAGGACAUAACCUAUCAAACAAGAUUCCUUAUGUAGACAACAACUCUGUUGAUGAAUUUAUAUCAUCACCAAAUUCAACUAUAAAUUUUUCAAAUCUAACUUAUAAUGAAUUCGAAAUUGCAUUUAAAUCAUUAAAAAGGAAUAAAGCAAUAGGGCCUGAUGAUAUAAAUGGAAAUAUUGUAAUCGACUCUUUUAAUGAGAUUAAAGAUAUCCUCUUCAAAGUCUUCAAAGCAUCUAUUACUCAAGGAUCGUUUCCAAAUAGUUUGAAAAUAGCCAAAGUAACUCCAAUCUUUAAAACAGGUGACCAUACUAACAUAAAAAACUAUCGUCCUAUCUCAGUUCUACCGAGAAACAGUUCUACUGAACACGCUAUUCUCCAAAUAACACGCAGUAUUGCUGAUUCAUUUAAGAAUUCUCAAUUCACACUAGGCAUAUUCAUUGACUUGUCAAAAGCUUCUGAUACUGUUAAUCAUCAUAUUUUAAUAAAAAAGCUAGAGAGCUAUGCCAAAAUUCAUCCAGUUUUUAAAAAUGGUGAUUGUUCUUCUGUUUGCAACUACCGUCCUAUAUCACUACUCCCUGUAUUUUCAAAAACAUUUGAAAGGGUAAUUAUUAAUAGAAAUUAUGAUUAUAUGACAUUAAAUACACUUUUAUACAAAAAUCAAUUCGGAUUUCAGAGAUAUUGCUCAACUGAACUUGCUAUUAUUGAACUUUCCAAUAAAAUACCCUAUCCUUUGAUAAAGGGGAACAAAAAACAGUUUGUUGUCCUGGAGGAGUCAGGAGCUCUUGAUAUUGUUUGCGGAGUCCCACAAGAACCAAUUUUAGGACCUUUAUUAUCUUUAAUAUAUAUCAAUGAUAUGAAUAAAGCUUCACAUAAAAUAUCGUCAAUUAUGUAUGCAGACGAUACAAAUUUAUUCUACUAUAAUUCUGAUGUAAAAGUAUUGUUCGAAACAAUGAACUCUGAACCAGAAAGCUUUAACCAAUGGUUUAUAGCUAAUAAGUUAUCAUUAAAUUGUGAAAAAACAGGUAUUGAAAUUGAAGAAGAUUCAAGUGAUGAAAUUGAAAACGAGAGAAAUUUAUUUCAUGAUUUGUUUUGA